CACAUCUAUCGUCCGUGCAAAUGUUGUGAGAAGUAAUUCGAAGACAGUUAUAGUUUAUUUAAAAUAGUUGAAAAAUCUCUCUAAAGACCGGCAUCGAAUUGUCGCACCAAAAUGGCAAGUCGCGGCGGUCCAAUGGUCGCGGGCACCGAUGGCAACGACUUCGAGUUCAGGCAGAAAGUGGCAAACACAUAUCAAAUUAGCUUGUUGAACAAAUCACGCCUGAAGUACUGCAUUUUCUUUCAUGCCCUGCUCUUUUUCGUCAUGCUGGCGAAACUAAUGUCGGACAUAUUGGAUCGCUUGGAUAUAUUUGUGCUAGAAAUCGAAGAGUUGGAGGUGCCGCCGCCGCUAUGGUGGGAAUACGUUUGGGCCGGCUCGCUGCUCACCUCGUUUCUGGGUCUGUCAGCGGCACGUGGCAAUAAGGUGCGAGAUAUGCAAAAAUAUAUGAUUGCCAUUUUGGUAAUGGCUGUGCUCCCGCUGCUUUAUUGUUUCGCCUACUACUUUGCCGACAUAUGGGAAUUUGUCACCAUGGACAAGUCCGUGGAUUUGGACGAAACGGACAUUUUUGUAUGGCGCGGAUUCCCCUAUGCCUUAUUCUGGUAUGCCUUCUGUUUAUUGGGCUUCCAAAUACACGGCUUCACUCUGUACUUCGCGUAUAAUCUAGUCAAGGCCUGGAAGGCACGCACGGGACGCAAAAUGCAGUAAUUCAGUUGAGUCGCACUAAAUACUCGCCAAAAUUAGUAAAAUGUCAGAGCAAGAAGCUGUAGGGCUAGUUGUAAAUAAUUUGAAGUAAAUAUCGAAAAAUAAAAAAAAAACAAAUCUAACUAUCUAGUGCACAAAAGCGAAAGAAUAAUCCAGCUCUUAGAUUAAUGCACAUUUUUAGUACAGUCAGACAAAAUAUUUUCAGAAAAAAAAGAAAAAAAAACCAAAUACAAACGUUAAAGUUAUUGUUAAAGUUCAAACGUUCAAAAUGGUAAAGCUAUAAAGAAUUAUCUAUUUACAUACGAUACACAUGCAACCUUAUUAAGUCGAGUCGACAAGAAAGCAACCGAAGCCACCAAUUUUCCCAAAUGAAAAAGGAAACAAAACAACAACAAGAUAUAAACUAAAUAUUCUUUUUUGUGGUCUACUUACAUUUCGACGUGCCUCGUGUUUGUUAGAAACGGUUAAUAUACUUAUUAAAAUACUUAUGAAUGUAUGUCUAUAUUGGUAUAUACAUAUACAAUGGAUAAAUACAUUUGAAACUAUUAGUUUUUAAAUAAUUUUCGAAAUGGUUUAUAUUGCGUUUUGGUUUUUCAUAAUUUUAUUACAAAUGUACACUGCACAAUCAUACAAAUUAUUGUGAGUCUGUGUAUAAUUUAUUUUGUAAACUGCCCCAAAAUAUUUUACGAUUACUUUUAUUCAAAUGCAAUAUGAGUGUUUAAGCAAAGUUCAUGUUCUGAUCAUUAAUAAUUUGAAAAUACAAAAAUAUGUGAAAUCUAUCAAAAAUUUCACCAAUGUUAAAAGUGUUUUUCGAAUUUUCAUUCACUAUCAGAAUUUAUAAGUAGUCUUUUAAAAUCGAUCAAUAAAGAUGCAUAUAUAUUUGUU